AUGCCUUGCAGUACAUCCACCUCUGGUGCGUCCACUCCAGGACGAUCCUCGGAAUCAGAGUACGAUGAUAGCUGGACGCCCUUCACAGAACGAUCAGUUCUCUUUGACGAUCAUGAUAUCGAGGUUGCGAUUCAGCAAUCAACCGAGUCCCAGCAUAUUCUCGUUGUGGGUGGGUGUGGAUUCAUCGGAUCUCACACAGUGUGGGAGCUUGCCAAAGCGGGAUACAAUGUUGUAAUCAUCGACAACCUCAGCAAUGCGUUCGGCUCCGUCUUCGAAAGGUUGCAGGAAAUGAUCGACAAUCAUUACGAUACUGUCAAAUUGGGAUCUCGUCGACCUUCGCUUAAACUUUUCGAAUGCGAUUAUCGAGACUCUCAGAGGAUGUCAUCGGUUCUUGAGAGCUACGAAUUACUCGCAGAACACCCACAUGGUUCGAGAUACCAACGUCAAUCGCGUAUCUCUGGUGUCAUACACUUCGCUGCGUUCAAAGCCGUCGGAGAGAGCAUCAAGCAGCCGCUGAAAUACUACGCUAAUAACGUAGGGGGCCUGAUUGACUUUUGUAGUCUUUUGGGAGACUUUGGAGUCAAGAACUUUGUCUUCAGCUCCUCCGCCACUGUGUAUGGUACCGUUGCAGACAUGGGGGUCCCACUCCGCGAAGAGUACUGCAGUCAACAAACAACAGUAUUCGUUGACGAAGACGGACAAAAGAAAGUGGUGGAAUCUGGAUGUGCUGGACUGACAAAUCCCUAUGGUCGAACAAAGUGGAUGUGCGAAGCAAUAUUAAGUGAUCUUGCACAUGCCGAUCCAGAAUGGACCAUAACCGCACUUCGAUAUUUCAAUCCAAUAGGCUGCGACGAAUCUGGUCUGCUUGGAGAGGAUCCUCGGGCAACUGCCACGAAUCUCAUGCCAGUGGUACUGAGGGUAAUGUCAGGAGAUAUCCCAACGUUAAGCAUAUAUGGCGACGAUUAUGAUACCCCCGAUGGAACCGCUGUUCGGGACUAUAUCCACGUCACAGAUCUUGCAUUGGGACAUUUGGCGGCUCUUAAAUCUCGUUCUGAUCGAGGAUUCCGGGUGUACAAUCUGGGUAGCGGGCAAGGCUACUCCGUCCUAGAGGUCGUAGCGGCAAUGGAGCGAGUUUCACAGCAGAAAAUUCCCACCAAACUCGUCGGUAGACGAGAUGGGGAUGUUGGCAUGUGUGUUGCGAAGGCUGGUCGUGCGCGAGAGGAAUUAGGAUGGCGAACAGAAAAAGACCUUGAGGCUUGCUGUCGAGAUAUUUGGCGAUUUCUUGAGCGAGUUGCAACAGAAUCAAAGUAG